AUGCAUGUUCUGGAUUUACCUCGCCAAUUCUUCAUGAUUCGUUUUGAGACUGAGGAGGAGUACAUGACAGCUUUGACGGGAGGGCCAUGGAAGAUGUUUGGGAGUUAUCUAUUGGUGCAGGCUUGGUCACCAGAUUUUGACCCCCUAAGAAGCGAGAUUGAGACAACGCCGGUGUGGGUAAGGUUGACAAAUAUUCUGGUGAAUUACUACCACCGAUCCAUCCUAAUGGGGAUUGCCAAAGGUUUGGGACGACCGUUACGAGUGGAUGGUGCAACCUUGAAUUUUGAGAGAGCACGAUUCGCAAGAAUUUGUGUGGAAGUGAACUUGAAGAAGCCAUUGAAGGGCACAAUACUGAUCAAUGGGGAGAGGUACUUCGUGUCGUAUGAAGGACUCACUAACAUAUGCUCCCUGUGUGGAAUGUAUGGACAUUUGGUUCAUUCUUGUCCGAAGCGGGUGUCGGAGGCAAGUAACGAAUCAGUGACGUCAAAUUUCCCGGGGAGGGAUAAUGGAAAGGAGAUAGCGGUGGUGGAAGAUGGAUUCACUCAGGUCCGGCGUGGUCGGAGGCAGCCAAUGACGGUGGUGAAUCAGACAGUGGCGGAUAUUCACGGGAGCGAGAAAAGGAAAGAGUGUCUCACAGAAUAUCACGUUGGGGAAUAG